UACAACAUACCAAUCAAUAUGCUCCGUUUUGAUCAUAAAACAGCGACGUCUUUUUUGUCUAGUGUUUAUAUGUGCAAAUGUCAUUGAACAAGUAUUAUCUCCAUACAUAUAUAAAGUACUGUAGAAUGUAAUGAAAAGUGAAUAAAAAAUUAAAUUCAAUAUAAUUAAUGCAAAUACAAAUCUCUACUGUCUUGACACAGAAACAGAAUCAAUUGUUGCAGUUAGUUUUAAAAUCGUUUAUAAAAAAAUGAGAGGUUUAUUAAUUUUUGAUCAUCUCAAUGAUGUUUUGUUUACAAAAUGUAAUAAGAAAUUUGCAGACCACAUGCAGAACUUGGCAAGACUCCAAGGAUUACUUCAAGAGACGACGAAUGAAGAAGAUAAUUCAUCAAGGCAAUUGAGUGCAAAUAUAAUAAUGCAAUUAUUUUCGCCAAUUGUAACUUCUCAACAAGUUAUGGCUUCUCAAUUUGGAAAUACUUAUACUUCUAUGAAAUGUCAAGAUGGAACGAACAUGGUUUUUGAUAAUUUCAUGGGCUACACAAUUCUUUAUGUUUCCACAGCAGAUAUUGAAUUGAUGAAAAGAACAGUAGGUAUUUGUGUGACUAUUUUGGGACAUAUUUGUGGACCAGAUGUAGCUGUAUUGAGAACAAGUAAACGAAAGGCAAUGCUGGUUUCAUCUCUGUUAGAUGCUUGGAAAGAGUUGCGAGAUUGUGAGCAGAGUAUUUUAACUGAAACAGUAGAACAGCUAAGUGUUAAUACUGAUUUAGCAUCAUCUACUUUAAAAAUUUUACACGAUGCAGCUGACAAACUUAAAACACAGUCUGAUUAUCCAAAUGUACAUAUUUUAGUGCUUGUAGAGCACAAGUUUUUAUCAUUAUAUUCUAGUAAAAAUGCCCAAGAUCUCAGUGGAGCUGACAUUCUAUUAAUGAUAUUAAUGUGUAAAGCUAUAAGCAAAGGUGAACAUACUGAUGAAUAUGAAUGUCAAGAAGAUGCUGCUAAUAUUAUACUGACUCAAAAUAAUUAUUCAAUCGAGGAAACAGAAUCAUUGAAUCUUGACAAAAAGUUUGCCAACCCAACAACUGCUGAUAUCAUGCAUUUAUUUGGAGAUUCACGAGAUUCUUCAAUAAAUGAAGGUCUUAAUUCUCUUGCAGAAGACAGUUUAUUUAGUCAACUAGUUCUUUUAGGAUCAAAUCAAUCAAAAACAGCAAAUGCUGUUCACAUUUUUGAACUUUCAGAAGGAAUUCAUUUAGUAGCAAUAAUGGAAAUAACAAACAUUUCCAUAUCUUCAGGACUUUAUGAUAGUUUUUAUCAUUUAAAUAUGAUGAACAUUCUUCAAUCGCAAAGGGAUAUUGAUGAGUUACGACCAGCAUUUGAACAAUUUGACACAGCAAUAAAAAAGACUGUGGAUGGUAUUAAAAAAAAUCGAGCUUUUGUAACGAAUGAUGUUGAUAUGUGCCAAAGACGUUUACAAGUUAAAUGGGAAUUUGUAAGAAAAAAAUAUGUCGAUUUUUUGAAACUCAGAGAUUCUGAAUCUAUUUUACAAAUUGAGUCCAAUAUGCCUGGAUUCAUAGACACAAUGAAAGAGCUAUUUCGACUUACCUGCUUCAACAGAAGCUUCUUAAAGACUGGAUGUGAUGUUAUUCUGACAGUAUGUCGACUAGUUAGACAAAAAUUCAAUGACUUUAGUGAUUUUCUUAAAGUAAAAGCGCUAAAGAAUUUUACUCUUGGAUCGAGAACGUCUCUAACAAUAAAUAAAUAUCUAGAAGAAUUUCCAGGCCUGGUACAUUUUAUUUAUAUUGACAGAGUUACUCACAGAAUAACUGCACCAACGCUAGAUUUCACUAAUCUCGAAACUCUAGCUCUAAUAAAGAAAAAAAUAUGGUUGAUGAUUGAUCAAAGUAGAAUGCAUCUUCAAGAAGGACAUUUUUCAGUCAUGUGGAAAGAUACUACAUUUAAUUAUGCCUAUUUCCUUUGGUUUGAAGAUAGUUCUGGUUCACCUUUGAAAUGUAAAGCAUACUAUCACCAUCAAAUGAAAAAUUUUCCUGUUCCCGGAGUUCUUUGCGCGGAUUACUAUAAAAAACUAGCCCAAACAUUCUUUCCAAAGCUAUCAUUGAAUAAAAUACGUAUGUAUGAGCUAUAUUGCGUUCAUUUAGGUUUGGCUACUUCAUCUUGUGUACUUGAACAUUCAAGACGAUUAGCUGCAACCAUCUGGGAAGUAACAGGACUUCCGCAUAAUCCUACUGAUAUUUUGUAAAUAAUUUAUUCAUUAAAUAUAUGAGUUUUCCUUUU